UAGUAAACUAUUCAGCGUCCAGUAGUUAAUCACUAGGACUCAUGGACAUUUCACUAACCUUAAAAAUGCAUUUUAAUCUCGGUCGUAUCGAACGAUUGUUUAUGGAGUAAUGCUCAAAGUUUGAGCUCGAACACCCUAUAUCUAAUCUUCUGCUUACAAUUUUUACUUGAAAUUUAUUAUGGUGAGCACUUCGAUUACCAGUAUACUCUUGUUUGUGUUACUAUGUAGGGUAUUACUGGGUAGUCCAAGCGGUCUUUCUAAAUCGGAUUCUUGAGGUCGUAAGAUUUCCGCAGGUCAUGGCGGGCAUCCCGCAAGCAGUCAAUGUUCACAGCACCAGUCAAAUGACUGACAAUUUAAGCAGAAAUGAAAUAAUUCAAUGGGUUAAUCACUGUCUUAACAGCAGCUACGGUAAAGUAGAGGAGUUGUGCAGUGGAGCAGCUUAUUGUCAGCUGGUGGAUAUGCUCUUCCCAGGGACGUUGUUGUUUAAGAAAGUCAAAUUUAACACAAAGUUGGAGCAUGAGUACAUUAAUAACUUCAAAGUAUUACAAGCUCUUUUUAAGAAACAUGGCGUAGAUAAAGAGGUUCCAAUCGAAAAGUUAGUAAAAGGAAAGUUCCAAGAUAAUUUUGAAUUUCUACAAUGGUUUAAACGAUUUUUCGACGUAAACUAUGAUGGUCAUCUUUAUGAUGCCUUAACAGCUAGGGGAGGUGAGAAAAUUAUUGGCAGCGGGAAAACUCCAAACAAGUCCCAACUCGAUCAGCCACGUAAUAGCAUCUCAUCAAAUGCUAAACCCACAAGUCAGAAGCAAGUAGUUACAACUUUGCGCACCAGUCAGUCUGGCGUUUCAGGAACUCCUACUAAUAAUAAUCAUUAUUCUGCUGGAGAUAAUGCAGAGGUGGCCAUCCUGAAGCAACAAUUCGAUCAGCUUACAUUAGAGGUCAGUUUUUGUAUUUUUGUUUGAUUUAGUUCACUAAACCUAUCAUCAUAAAGAUAACGUUUCCCCCAUCUAUCAAACACCAAUGUAACAUUUAAUUUUAAUGCAUCUAAUCAAACAGUCAUUUCAACAAGAUUUUUCAUCAUUAUUUUAUUUUUAUCCGAAACUUUUGUUUAAUAUGCGUUUUUUGGGAGCUGGUGUACGUUCUAUUUCGUAACUUUUGAAAUAGCGUUAAAAAUUUGUAGCCCAAAAAGAGGAUUUUGAUAACGUUGCAUCCUCUUGGUUUAUUGAUGUAAUGUUAUCAUAAAAUGACUUUAUCGUAAAUGAUUUUACAACUCAAAUGUUUAUGCAUAGUCCAGAACUUGUCUGUAAUCACACCUUGUUUAGUAGUAGAAGCUAAUAGACUCCGUACUUAAGUCGUAUCAGUAAAUAACCUGGCAACAGGCUUAUCCCUGGCAUAAAUAUAAGUGACUGGUGGGAAUUACUUUCUGUACCAGCCAUUCAAUCAUAAUCAACGUAAGACGUGACGCAAACAUUCAUCGGUUCUCAUCAGCCAUCUCUACCUGGUACCCUAUGUUUCACAUAUGCGUUGCUCAUUCUGUUUUUCCAUCAUACACCAACAGUGUUUCAAAAAUAUCUAUGAUCAAAUACUACAGGAUUACAUUUGUUCUAUAGUUUCAGAGAGCAUUUUCCACAGUUAUAUAGUUGAAUAGAGUAGUGAUCGGCAGACAGAUAUCUUGCCUACAUCACUAGUAGCUCGACGCCAAAGGAGUGUAUAGAUGAUACCACCCAAACAUUUACCAAAAUGGGAAUAUAAGACAAUGUGGAAAGACUCAAGAUAUUCGAUUGUUGAUCACUUCUAGAUGAUUGGAUUUUUCGGAUCCACUAAUAUGAAAUGCUUCUGUCAAACACUAAAAUUCAAAUUAUGGGUAUAAAUCAUUUGAACAAGUUGUUAACUUACAUCCCCUCUGCAUCAAUGUUUAUGUGUAAAUAAUAAUAAUAAUAAAAAUUAUAAUAGCCUGCAUCUACUGAAUUCUAAACAGUGGUUUUUAUUCAAAGUAUUACCUUGAGUAAUAGUUUUGGGAGAGCUUUAAGGUAGUUAAAUCAAGUUAUGAAACAAUUACUGUUCGCUCGUAUAGAUUGUUUUGGAGUUGUAUGAUCGCUUAUCUUGUUUCUUGUUAAUUUUCUUUUUAUAUACUGUUAUGUAGUGUAGCACAUUUUCGGGUUUCUCAUUUUCUACCAAUCCCUUUUCUACUUUGUGUGUCAUUGGUGUUUCUUAGACUGGUAAUUUUACUUGGAUUUCAUAUGUUACUCUUAAGCGUGUGAAGAUUUUAUUGAGAUUUUAGUCUAAAGCAGACAUGUCUUAAGAUCUUCAAUAAAUUUCAAUACAGUAUAAGCAUAAAUCGUGCCUUUGUAUUUUACUCAUAAUCGGGAUUCAUAUGUUGUGGUCUCGACUCGAUCUUAUGUGCUUAGUUUCAAUAGUAUCAAAUAGCCCAGUGACUUAGCUUCGGUUACUUAGACCAAACAACUGUAUUCUCAUCAUCAAAAGCAUUGAUUUGCGCCGACCGAUAAAAUUAAAAACUUCUUUUCUUGAAUCACAAAGUGGUUCAGUGUUAUCAACCGUUACCCUUGUUAGGUUGGUUGGUAACGUUUUGCUAAUCACUUACAAAACCGUGGUUUGUGAUGUACACUUAUUGAAUUAAUGGAUUUUUUAGAUUAUGGUAUUCAUUCAGUGUCAUCUUCAUUAAGUUAGUCAGGUUUGGUAAGAACAUUUAUGACAUGAUUUUCAUUUGUCCUAUUAAAUCUUUAGUAUUCAUCUCUAUAUUUUUCUCACUAGUGAUAUUCUACACUAUUGCCAUGAUUUAGAGUUGAUUAUUGCGAAAUUUUCAUUUGAAUACUGUUCAACAAGGUACAGUUUUAGGAUCGGUUUUCAGAAGGGUAAUGUAGUUUCUUCCGAAUUCAAUAUCAAUCUUUUUGUUACUAUAACCUCUCAAUUGUAAAAUACGAAAAUUAUAUCUAUUUGUACUCUUUUCGUUAACCAGUUACGAAGAUUAACGUCAGGAUGUUGAAUAAAAAAAUGACGUUAAUUAAUACUUAAGAUUCGAAUCAAGUCUUUGCUAGACAAUACAUUACAUCUUAUUUUCAAAUGAAUAAUAUGUACUAAAACACUUGCAGUUCAUUUAUUUAUUUAAACACAUAAACAUUGGUACAAAGGGGCAACAAAUAUAUAUGCUCCACAUUUCAUCAUUCUAUUUGUGUGGGGGUCGGGAUACUUCCCGGGCUCCCGAACCGAAGCAGGUGAUUUUUUGGGGGCCACUCCCCGAGCCUUUGACCUGAAGAUCUAAUCCACAAAACAGUGUAGCGACGUUAGGGGAUGCAGUUCCAUAGUAGUCGGUGAUCAACAACAGGUUCAUACGCCAUUUGUUCCCUCAGGAUGUUGGAGCCCAUGAGCACCAUUGGUUUGGAAUCAGGGUUUUCUAUUUCCCUUAUACGGACCCUUCUUAUCCACCGACAUCGCUUUUCGUCCUCUCAAUUUCGUAAUUAACACUCCAGUCACGAGAAGGCAGUGAGUAGAACUUCCCUGAUAGUGGCAUUUUGAGAAGAAGAGCUGACUCUUCUCACCGUUGACCAUUUGCAUUUGGGGGCAAGACAUUUAAAAAUCUGUUACAUUUUUUCAAAUUUGUUGUUGGUUACAUUAUGUCUGCCGUCUCAACACAAGAAGAAAGGGCUUCAUUAGGAAGUGAAUCUGAAUUUGGUAAUAAUUUAAUUUACUACUUUAAGAAAAUAUUUGAUGGCCAAAUACUUUUGCUAACCAAGCAGUUUAUUCUACAUUAUUUCAGCGUUUUGUGAUUUAUGGUGUGUAUAUUAAUACGUUUAGGUUGAUGAAGAUUUUAAGGUCAAGCUGGCCAUAAAAAUAAUAAUUUGUUUCAUAAUCACUACACCAGUUCGAACGUCAUUAGUCAUACUGACCAAAAGUUUAUAGAAAGAUGCUGAAAUUUGAGUAUAAAUUUAAUGAUCUAAGCUAUACUCUGCUACAGUCUUAUCAUCAUUGUUUUAAUUUCUUUUUUAUUUCGUUUCUGUUAAUUAUUACAUGACGCUUUUUAUCGACAAUCAAUUUACAAACAUGCUCGUUUUCGGCGUUUUCAGUUAAUAAGCAAGACUAGUUAUUUGUAAGUGCAGAAAAUAGUUAUGCACACAAAAUUACUAAUAUUGUACAAUCAAAUUUAUUUCAAUGAAUAAGACUUCUAUCGUCUCUUGUUUUUACAGGCUGAACAAAACAAGACUACUAUUGAAGGUCUACUUCGUGAAAGGGAUUUCUACUUCAACAAGCUACGCAGCAUUGAAAUAAUUUGUCAAGAAAACAGAAAAGUAGACUUGACUAAGAGUAUCUUUGAAAUCCUUUACGCAACCGAAGAUGGUUUCACUGCUCCCGAAGGUGAAGAACCGGAAGAAUUUUAGCUGGAUCCUGCUUUUAACAACCCGGUACUCCUAAUGCCGAUUUUAGGCAAAUGUUCUUUAUUAAUCUUAUCGAUGAUAGUAGUUGUAGUACUACUGUCUCAGUUCAUUAGCACAAUCUGCCUCCCAUUAUUCGAGUGCUGAAAAUGUUGAUUUUAUUUUUUGCUUUGUAUGUAUUUGUUAGCGUCUUUAUUCUGCUUGUAAACAUUUUCCAGCCCCUUGAAUUUCCAUAAAACUAUUAUUAUCGUUACUAUCAUUAUUAAUGAACUACAUUUUUGGACUUUCACUCUUACCUUAAAUACAGUUUUUGCUUUUAGUUUACUCGAUAAAACAACAUCUGUCAUCAAAUCACUUAUUGUCUGUUUUAAUUUAUUGUUACAAAGUUCUGUGCAAAGGUUUGGUUAUCUGUGAAAUUGAAGUACUCCGUUAUAUAAAUAUGCAUAUUGUAAAGAUUUUUGAACAAAUCUUGCGUUUAUAUGUUCAUAUAGGCUCACGUGCCCAUGUACCGGAUUUUUUUCAUAAAGAGGUUUUUGAACUUCUUCAGUUUACUACAUUUCUAUCUUUACAAUAAAUAUGAUAACUGAUCAGCAUACUUUGUUUGUUAUGUAAAAUGCUAACUUCACAUACAGUACAUAAUUCCAGGCAUUAUGUUUGUUUUCUCUUUUUUGCGCACAAUGUGUUAAAUGACAGGUAAUUAGGUUUAGGUUGGAUCACUUUCGAAGGUGCCAUUAUUCCAUUGUUUGAAUACAGGCGUUAAUAAUUGACAACAUAUCUAAUCACGUCAACCUUUUUACUGUGAGAUCAUUUCGAUCAACCUGUCGUUCGUUGAGCUUAGCACACCCGUUCUCAUGUCUUGUUUCGUAUGAUGAUUAAUGGUUCUAGCUUUCUAACAUUCCUGAAAUCUCACGAUAUCAGACAGUUCAUUCUGUGAACCUUCUGUUACACAUAUAGUUGUACAGAACAAAUCGACGGAUUUUAAACAUGUUCUCCGAGUUUUUUAUUAUUAUUAUUAUUAGUUGCUCCACCCAAUAUUAUACUUUUUGUACAAUAUCGAAUUCGCGGUUGAUGUGACGAAUUUACAUUGUUGAUUAUGGUGAAGGAUACCUAGUAUAACACAUAUAUCAAGAUGUUUUGGCAGUGCGCUCAAAAUCAUGGUAGGUUACCAACAGUUCAUUAUGUAGCUGAUUAGCAGGUUGUAUUGUAGUUGAACUUACAUCGGCUUUUCAAGGAUCUAUUAUAUCCUUGAAUAGCCUGUCAGAUUACUUUACAUCGAAUACUUAGCCUC